CACCUGUAGCUCUCUACCUGGCAUCAUGUCCUUCAACUGCUCCACAAGAAAUUGUUCUUCCAGACCAAUUGGAGGACGAUGCACUGUCCCCAUGGCCCCAGUUACCACUGCUUCCACUCGUGAUGCCGACUGCCUGAGUGGCAUCUAUUUGCCCAGUUCCUUCCAAACUAGCUCUUGGCUCCUGGACCACUGUCAGGAGGCCUGCUGCGAGCCCACUGUUUGCCAGCCAACGUGUUACCAGAGAACAUCUUGCAUCUCCAGUCCUGCCCAGGUAACUUGCUCUCGACAAACUACCUGUGUCUCCAAUCCCUGCUCAACUCCCUGCAGCCGGCCACUCACCUUUGUCUCCAGUGGCUGUCAGUCCCUGGGAGGCAUUUCCAGCACCUGCCAACCAGUGGGCGGCAUCUCUGCUGUCUGCCAGCCAGUGGGAGGAAUAUCUACUAUCUACCAACCAGCCUGUGGGAUCUCCAGGACAUACCAGCAAUCCUGCGUGUCCACCUGCCGAAGAACUUGCUAGGUGUGUAGCCAGUGAGUGAAUCAAGACUCCAGGUCCUGCCUGCUGUGUUUCCAGGAUCUUCCAGCAUGCUGCUCGAAUCUCUUCAUUGCUGACCCCUAUGGACUGCCUGAUUGCUGGCUGCUAGCCGUGCACAAGCUGCCUUUGGCACUCUAAAAUUUUUCUUGCCAGCACUAAGAUAAUUUUAAGGGUUGAUCCCUGGUGCUGUGUAAGCCUCUCCAUGUUACCAGAGGCUUUACCACCCACAGCCCAGUCCUGAUGCUUUUUGACGUGUCUUGACCUUGCUGCUGUUUUUCCUGGCUUCUGCUUUUGUAUCUCUGAAAAAGGGAGCUUGUCUCACUGUAUAUUUCUCAAUAAACUUACAUUAGUUGGCAUUGCAAA